CGGCCGCCGGGGAGCCGCGGGCCGCCGGCACCAUGAGUGAACAGAGUAUCUGUCAGGCAAGAGCUGCUGUUAUGGUGUACGAUGACGCCAACAAGAAGUGGGUACCAGCUGGUGGCUCCACUGGGUUCAGCAGAGUUCACAUCUAUCACCACACAGGCAACAACACGUUCCGAGUGGUGGGCAGGAAGAUUCAGGACCAUCAGGUGGUGAUAAAUUGUGCCAUCCCUAAGGGGUUGAAGUACAAUCAGGCUACGCAGACCUUCCACCAGUGGCGAGAUGCUCGACAGGUGUACGGCCUCAACUUUGGCAGCAAGGAGGAUGCCAAUGUCUUCGCAAGUGCCAUGAUGCACGCCUUAGAGGUGUUGAAUUCCCAGGAAACAGGGCCAACAUUGCCUAGACAAAAUUCUCAACUACCUGCCCAAGUUCAAAAUGGCCCAUCACAAGAGGAAUUGGAAAUUCAAAGAAGACAGCUGCAAGAGCAGCAGCGACAAAAGGAGCUGGAGCGCGAGCGUGUGGAGCGGGCGGAGCGCGAGCGGCUGGAGCAGGAGCAGCUGGAGCGGGAGCAGCGGGAGCGAGAGCGGCAGGAUCGGCUGGAGCGGGAGCGGCUGGAGCGGAUCGACCGCGAGCGAGAGCAGCGGGAGCGCCAGGAGCGCCAGGAGCAGCGGGAGCGCCAGGAGCAGCGGGAGCGUGAGCGGGAGCAGCGGGAGCGGCAGGAGCAGCUGGAGCGCGAGCAGCUGGAGUGGGAGCGUGAGCGCAGGCUGUCGGCCGCCGCUGCCCCUGCCUCUGCGGAGACUCCUCUAAACUCUGUGCUGGGGGACUCCUCUGCUUCUGAGCCAGGCUUGCAGGCAGCCUCUCAGCCGGCCGAGACUCCAGCCCAACAGGGCCUUGUCUUGGGACCACCAGCACCUCCGCCCCCCCCACCACUCCCUCCGGGGCCGGUGCCGGCUCCAGCAGUGCUGCACCCCCACCCGGGGCCUCCGCCUCCACCUCCACUCCCUGCUGCAGGGCCUCCACCCCCGCCCCCGCCGCCCCCUCUUCCUAAUCAAGCACCCCCGCCUCCUCCUCCGCCUCCUGCUCCCCCACUCCCUGCAUCUGGAUUUUUUGCCGGAUCUGCGUCUGAAGACAAUCGCCCUUUGACUGGACUUGCGGCUGCCAUCGCCGGAGCGAAACUGAGGAAAGUGUCCCGGAUGGAGGAUGGCUCUUUCCCAAGCGGAGGGACUACCGUCGGUGUGAACGCGGCCUCCUUGAAGUCGGACACGGGCCGUGGGAAUGGACCCCUUCCUUUAGGAGGCAGUGGGUUGAUGGAAGAGAUGAGCGCCCUGCUGGCCAGGAGGAGAAGAAUUGCUGAAAAGGGAUCAACAGUAGAAACAGAACAAAAAGAGGACAAAAACGAAGAGUCAGAGCCUGUAACUUCUAAGGCCUCGUCGACAAGUACACCCGAACCAACAAGAAAACCUUGGGAAAGAACAAAUACAAUGAAUGGCAGCAAGUCACCUGUUAUCUCCAGACGGGAUUCUCCAAGGAAAAAUCAGAUUGUUUUUGACAACAGGUCCUAUGAUUCAUUACACAGACCAAAAUCUGCACCUUCAUCACAGCCCAGUGCCAACGGCGUCCAGACGGAGGGGCUAGACUACGACAGGCUGAAGCAGGACAUUUUAGAUGAAAUGAGAAAAGAAUUAACAAAGCUAAAAGAAGAGCUCAUUGAUGCGAUCAGGCAAGAACUGAGCAAGUCCAAUUCUGCGUAGAGAGACGAACCGAGGAGGAAUAGGACUCUAGUCUGGAGAAAGAGCCCUGCGAACCACAGCUGUUAACAACAAACCCCUACAUUUGUGAGCUGCGAGAAGAAAGUGGAGACAAACAGUCGGAAGAGGAAAACCAACAUCCUCACGAGCCUUCAGACGCGUUAUUCUGGCGAUAAGCUAUUUCCCUCCCAGUUUGCUGCUUUUUUCUGACCUUUUCAACAGGAUGAAAGAGUCGGAUAUGAAUUCCUGUUUCAUAGUUAUGCAGAAAAUACUAAACCUAUCAGGCAAGAUCGCCGUGCAUUGAAAUAUUUUCAUGUCAAGACAAAAUCGCACGUUUUUCACAAUCCAUUGCUAAAAUAAAGAGGAGAAAGGCUUAAGAAGUUUGUUUUCAGAGAGUGCUGACGAAGAAAGGAGCAAGUUACACAAUUGUAUUGUAAAUGUUUCUCUCAGGUUUGUCUUCCUAUCACAUUUGAUAUUCCGUGAGGGAUGGAGAUCAGCCCUGUGUAGGUUAAGAUCCUAAAAUGUGGAACAAAUGGAAUUGUAUGUGCUUUCCAAGGGUGAUAUUUAUAAGAAAGUGUCCUAAAAAUGGUUUGUCUGGCUUGAGGAAUUUUAGAAUGAUAGGAAGUCUCUCGAGUUAGCCUUCAUGCAAUUUUGUAGAUUAAAACAUAAAAUUCGUCCAGAAUUUAAAGAUUUAGAUGCCUUCCUAAAUUGUUAAAAUGCUUUACCAAAAUCUAUGACUCCUACAUAACACACCAGUGGUCAAAUGUAAAACAAUAUAUUGUAGACUUACUGUAGGUUUUCAACCUUUUUUAGAUUUAUGCAUGUGGACAUUUUUAUAAUGUAAUUACAACCACCACAAAAUUAGCUUUUUUAAUUGCAGACAGUAAUGCAUGUCCCACUAAUACGUAGCGGCCUUUUCAAGGCCUGGUCCCAGGGAAAACCUUUUGUAGAGUAUGGGGGAGGCGGGAGGAAGGGAAGGAAUAAUUUUUCUUUUAAAGUUAAUUUCUGCACUUUUUUUUCUCAAUUACCUGCAUGAAUAAUAAUGAGGACUAUUUUGUGACUUUAAUUGGUAAAUAUGUUAGCAGAACCAAGUACUCAAUCUUUUACAUCAUGUGUUCAGCUGUUCGUAUUUUAACUUGAGUAAUUUCAAUGGUCUGAAACAUGAUUCUGAGCUUCCCAGGGAUUACGUCGUACUGCGGAACUCGAAUAUCCGAUCCCUGAAUUUGGCAGUUGCUUUACUACCUAGGUGCCCUGCAGUUGGACAGGUAUGUGUUCCUGACCGAGAAGCUGCUUUUGAAUUUUGUUACGUGGAAACACAUGAAGUAGUUGAUGUCCGCAGAAACUGAGGUCACGGACACCAUGCAGCAGAGGGGACCAGUGAGGGGCUCUGUGUGGUUGUCUUGUUGUGACCGAGCGAGACUCAGGUGGUGAAAAGAAGGACCUAGACCCCCGCUCACCCCCACGCGGGUGUGUGUGGGCGUACCCAUGCCCUUCUCCUGGAAACUCGCGAAGAUUAAAAUAGGGGAGAAAUCCUAUAUGUUGCAAUGAUAGAUUUUUUUUUCUUAAUUUAGGAAAUCACAAAUUCUCCAGGCUCUCCAUCUUGAUUUAUGCUUCAGUUAUGUGCCAUAUUUGCUUUGAAAUCUUUGAUUAUCUGAAGUUUUUACUAAAAUUUUGAAGAAAUAAUCCAUUUUCAUCUGCUUUCUAGAUUUUGUAACCUCAUUCGGUCAGACAGAGCUUGUCGGUAGCAUAGUUUACCAUUCAAAAGGGUUUGAGUGAGGAAAUUGUUUUCCUUGUUAAAUAGUUCCUGUUUCUGUAGAGAGUUCAGUUUUAGAUUAAUCUGUGAUGGAUGAGCUAUCCUAAUUCAGCUGUGCAGUUCUCUGUCAACCGCUCAUCGUCAGGCAGCAGUAGGAAAGGCAUUCAAGCUGCAGCCAGCCUCUAACGUACUGUCUUCUAGAAGAAAGCAGAGGCACUUUGAUCUUUAUUUUUGUCCUUUUGGUUAUACAAACACUUGGAUGGUGUAGACACUCCUGUCCCCUAUAAAUCAGGUGAGCAAUCACUUGAUUUUUGUCAGUGAAGUUAGUCUCUGGUAGGUUAGAGUACUGGGUACAAGUGGUCCAAAGUCGGAGAAGAGACUAGAGCCGCACGCUGGACCUUCGUGAGGGGCUGCCGUCUGCGCUCGCUGUCUCGUGCCUUGGUCCAGUCCUCCCAGGAUGUUUGUGACGGGACAGAGCCAGUGCUGGGUCACAUCGCGGUCCAUCCGUGUGCGUUCGCCCGGAUCACUCAACGUGUUCUUCCCAAUCACUGUACAUGUUGGCUGUCCUGCGGGACAGUUUUUGUCAUCGUUAGAGAUUUCGGUAAUUAAGAUGGGAAGCAGAAGCCUAAGUGACUUUCCUUAGUGAGGUGACGUUCCCUGGAGCCCGUCGUGCCCACGGUGAUCGUGCUGUGCUCACUGGGUGUCCGAAGCUGCGUGCAGUUCAGGGGGUCCUUUCUGACGACAGGAAGGCGCUUCUUUCCUCAACACUGUGAUGUGACCCGUGACAAAUCUGUCCUACAUGCUCUGUACAUGGCCAGCAGCCCAUUGCAAACCAACUGAAUGUACACAUUUUAACGCGGUGCUGACAUCUCCCCCAAGUAGUCGUCAUGGUUUCCCGGUUUGUCCGCAGUUUGCAAGCCUCACGCGUCAGUCCGAACUGAAGAUGAAACACUGAUGAAUGUUGGACUCUCAUGCUUUAGGUGUGCUUCCUUUUUCAAUUGUUCGGUUCUCUGCUAUUUUUACCGUACUGUUUCAUUUCAAUUUCCUACACGCUAACUUUGUUUGUGUGAUUGAAAUAAACUUG